AUGGAACCUGCCAACAAGAGGCCCAGGCUUGCCCCAAAGCUCAAUGCCUCUGUGUCCUCUCUCCCCGACGCUCACUCUGCGCCUCAUCAUCACAAGCUUACCCAUCCAUUUCACACAGUUCUUGAUGCGCCGCACCACAGCCAACGACAAGAGUUUGAAGCUUACGCCCGUCAUUUGCACGAUGCUGCCAUUCUCAUCGGUCGUCAAGCAUCGCAGCCCACUACCUCUUACACAGACAUUUCGGUACUGCUCUUGGGAUGGCAAGAUGACUCGGCCGCCACCGAAAACAUUGGCGCCCUGCAACAAGUCUUAGUCACUGACUACCGCUAUCAUGUGCAAAUAUGGCAGAUUCCAACCGUCGCAAACCCAAUCGCAAAGCUCGGCAUGCACAUGGCCGCGUUCUUAGAGCGUGCCCGACCAAACCAGCUCCUCAUCAUAUAUUAUUCCGGCCAUGGCUAUGUUGGCCCAGAUGGUCAGCCUUACUGGGCUUGCUCUCCUCAUGACCAUUCCGCCAAGUUACGAUGGGAAGGCGUUCGCUGCCUCUUCCAAGACACACAAUGCGACAUCCUUCUGUUAUUAGACACCUGCGCUGUUCCUGACUCUAUCACUUCUAGCCACAGCCUCAAGCAGGUCAUCGCCGCAUGCUCUCCAGAAACAGACCGACAUCCAUCAGCAGCCUCCCGCGCCUAUUUUUCGCCAUGCCUCGUCGCAGCUUUACGCCAGCUAAGUCGCAGUUCGUCGUUUUCCGCCCAGCAGCUCUGCAACGAAAUCAAAAUUGCUUCCCAAGCGCACUCCGACUCUUGGUCCCGAUUUCCGUCGCCUGCUCCCGAGCCCAAGAUCUUCACCAUGACGCCUAACGAGGGCCGGAGCAUAGAACUUGCACCAUUAACACACUCCUCGUCCGAUACCGCCACACCAGAGACGGCACAUCCUCGAGAUAGUCCGCCAAAGCCAGAUUCGGGUCCGAAGCUAACCUUUGACGAACCGCGUAUUCUGUUGGUUACGGAAUACACCGCCCUUAGCCGCUCAAAUCACCGUCGAGGGAAUGUUUCUGGGUCCGCCAACUGUGCUGCUCAUAUCGAUGCCCACGUCUCUUUGGACUAA